GCUGGGGGCGCUUCCCGAGCCUUCCCUGAGUCUUCUUUCAUCCCUCCCUCGGUCUUUCCGCCACCGCCCCUUACCCUCCCUAAGCCUCCUUUCAGCCUCCCUUAACCUCCCCUCCGCCUUCCCGCCGCUUUCCCUCAGCCCUCUCUGAGGCUCCCUUCAGCCUUCCCGCCAUUUUCCGCCUCGCUCCCCUCCCCUUCCCUCGAGCCGCCGCUGCGGCAGAGCAGAGCACUGGGGUGAGUAUGGAGCUGUGCUGCGGGCUCGGAACUCGCUCCCGGCGGGACGGGAUCAGCCGCCACCGCUCCCCGCUCCCUUCCGACCUCUCGUUCCGGCCAGAAUCCCUGUGUGGCUGGAGGCAGCGGCUGCCCCGGGGGGCGGGACGUGGCCCUUGAGGGCCCCGCUUGUGCGGCCCGGGCGGGGACGGGUACCGCGGGUGCUCCCUCAGGGCUCCGGAGUUGUUUUUUGUGGUGUUUGAUGGCAGUGGCAGUGCCGUGGUGGCCCGGCGUGCCCAGGCACAGGACUGUGUGGGCGCCCAUUAUUUCACGGAAUCACAGAAUCAGUAAGGUUGGAUGGGACCUUUGGAGACCGUCCGGUCCAACCCCCCUGCAGGAUCACCUGGAGCAGGUUAUCCCGGAGCGCGUCCACGUUGUUUUGGAAUGUCUCGAGAGAGGGAAAUUUCACGACCUCUCCGGGCAGCCUGUUCCAGUCCCCUGCCACCCUCAACUGAGAGGAAUGACGGACGUAAAGUUCUUCCUCGUGUUAAGGUCAAACUUCUUGUUUUUUAAGCUUAUUGCCGUUACUUCUUGUCAGUGGGCACCACUGAAAAGAAUGCGGCAGCCGCUUCUUGGGACCCAUAUUUAUAUAUUUUGAGGACAUCCCUUUUAAGCAUGGAGGGCAGAGGACUCUUGGAGCGCUGCCAUGUGACACGAUACUCGCGCAACAUUCUGUGUCAUCUGCAGUCUCUGAGCUAAAUCAGACAGACACAUGGGGUACUUAAGAGAAAUGGCUUUACUUGUUCAGUGCUCCAGGCUGACUGGCAGAACGGGGUUCUCUGGUGAAAUGCAUGUUUUAGAAACAAAGUAUUAAGUAAUACCAAACUAAAAAAAGUCCGUAUUAUCAGAGUAUUGCAGACAAGGCCUCCUGACUAUUGAUUAGUUAUCCUAUAUCCUUCGCUGUCUGUUACACGUGCUUUAGGAUCCCAAAGCUGAUUAUUUGUCCGCUAGGAAACAAAAAAGCAUCAAACUGCCUCCUCUAAGUUGUGACCAUUUUCACAGGAGUAUUUUUACACUGAUCUUAAUUUUAAUUUUUUCGAUCAAAUAUGUUAAAGUAUUUAUUGUUCCAUUUUCAGAGGAAACUUUUAAACAGAGGUUUAGAAGACAAGAUUCUGCUUGCUGUUGAGACUCUUUUUAUUAAAAUACUGAAUAUUCAUUAUAAAUGGCAAAAAAAACAAAGCUGGAAUAAUACCCCAGAUCUUUUCCAUGUAUUCGGAUUUUUUUCUGCUUACAAAAAUAUUUCAUCAUGAGCUGUGGAAAGGAUUUUGUGGAAACUCUUAAAAAAAUUGGAUAUCCAAAGGCUGAUGAGCUUAAUGGAGAAGAUUUUGACUGGAUGUUUGAGUCUUCAGAAGACAAAUCAUUUUUGGAGUGGUUUUGUGGAAACAUAAAUGAGCAGCAUGUGGUAUCUGAAGAAGAACAGCGAGAUUAUCAGAAUCUUCUACAGUGUGGUCAGCCUGUUUUGGAAGGAAGUGCACUGGAUGAAGUCCUUAAAACCUUGGAGCCCAUGGGUUCAAUGAACAGUAGCCAAGAGGAGGACAGGGAAGAAGUGAAGAAAUUAGAGGAUGAGCUUCAAACUCUUCAGAAGCUAAAAAACCUUCAAAUUCAUCGGCAUAAUAAGCUUCAACUGUUGGUUACUACAAACAGCCACGUGUUGCAAACGUUCCAAAGCAAAGAGGAAGAAGCACGUAAGAAUUGGAAAGAAGGUCUGGAAAUAUUUACUGCAGCAAGUAAUAAGCUUGACCAUGAACUGCAGUCUCUUACAGCUGCAGUGAAGAAAUUUGCUUCUUUCUUCACUGCUUCAGAUUCAGAACAAGGGUCGGAUACACAUCCAGUGUUUUUUUCCCAACUUUCUUUGGAUAAAUAUUUGUCUGUGGAAGAACAAAGUACUGCAGCAGUUGCAUCACACAUAAAAAAGCAUUUUUAUAAAGGUAUGUCUGAAUGUGCUGAAAAUUCACGUGAAGGCAGCUUUCAGCUUGAAGAUUUAAUCAAGCAAGUCCCUUUAGAUGAGGCUGAUGAAGUUUGUAAAGAGAGACAAGAGAUAGCCAGACUCCAGGCAGCGUAUAUUUGUGGUCAGAACCAGCUAAUUCAGCUGCGAGCUGAAGAGGAGGGCAUGAAUUCAGCUAUCCAGUGUGCGGAGAGCCUGCUGCAAUCCUCGGACAAGGAUAUUGGACAACAGGAAAACAUUGAUGCUAAAAUAUCUAGUUUAAGUGCUGAAAUUUCAGCAAUUAAACAAGAUAUAGCUCAGAUAAAUAAUGAAGAGUUGCUUCCCCUUCUUAAGAAGAAUGCACAACUUUUGACUGCACCAGUGGUGAAAGAAUAUUUAGAUCACCAAAUUGCUCAGCAGGACUAUUAUGCUGCAAUUCAAGAAAAAAUAGGCAGGCAUUUGAUAAGACAGAAAACCUCAUUUGAACUUAUUCAGCUGGCCUGUGAAAUGGAGAUGAAGAAACACCAGGAGAUCAGCUGCCAACUUGAGAAUUUGGUAGAAUCUCUGAAACAAAGCACUGAUGAGUUGCAGCAGAGACUACAGGUGAUAGCUGAACGAACGGAACGGGCAAAGCCAAGGAGCACUAUUACUUCAGAGGAUGGUUUCUCUUGCAGGCUGUAUCAACUCCUGGAAGGAGGAAGUAAAAAACAACAGUUGUUUAAAACAUACAAAAGCCUGGAGCAGAUGGCUCAGAAGUUAAAGCAGGACUGUGCUACAGUACAAGAUCAGCUGGCAGCAUCUGCUCGCGAGCAGUCUGUCCUUUUGUCCAGCCUAGAAAGGGAUGUGGAUGCCCUUCAUGGUGCUCUCUAUUGUGGAACAAAUCAGAUACAGCUCCGGAGUCCGGAACUUACUGAGCAGUUUCACCAGCUGAAAGUGGAUUUAGGUGAACUAAAUCAUCUCCUUAAGGAUCUGGUUGCUGAUCUGAAGUCAAAGAGAAGCUUUUUAGAGUCCAAUAGGCUGCAUCAGAUGGAAAGGGACUUGUAUGUGUAUUUUUUCAAAGAUGAAGAGCACUUGAAAGAGAUGGUGGAGAAGCUUGAGCAGCAGUCUCGGGCUAAAGCCAGUGGUCUGGAAGACAAGAAUUUCACAACCAGUGGAGUUCUUAAUGGCUAAACAGCAGUGUACUCUUAAGAAAGGAAAUGUUAAUGUAAACUGUGUAUGACUUUAUGGAGUAAUAAGCAUUAGCUUGACAAGGCUGACACUUACCUGUCACUGCAGUGAAUCCUAACUGCCACUGUUACCAGCUGGGAUUGCGUGCUGCUUUAUGGCUUCUGCCUGCUGAAUUCAGUCUCAGUUUUAUCAGAACUCUUGGAUAUGAAGUAAUUGUUGGUUAUUUGAAAGAAGUAUGUUUAGGCUGCUCUUCUGCUGACCUGUGUGUUUACUUCUGCUGCACACAGCAUAGCAUCAAUAGGAAUGUGUCAUACCCUUGAGUUAAGUCUUACUGCAUGCUAAGAACUUUUGAUUGAACUGCAAAAUAAAUGUGGAGAAGGCAUUCCAGAUUUUGGAACAAGACUGCAAUGUGCUAAUAGUGAAGAGGAGAGUUCUCAAUGGCAGCAGAUAUUACAUGAUUGUUUCUCUUACAGUUCUUCUAGGAAGACUUGGUUUUGUUAGAAAUGUGUUGUAAUAUGUACCAGAAUGUUUUAACUACCAAGACCAUCUGUUUUAAGACCAUUCUAAUAUCUCUUAACUUAUAAUCUACCUUCUUCAUUGAAACCAGUCCAUACUUACACUGGGCUUGUCAAUGAAUGAGAAUUUUAAAUUUCUUUUUUGUACUUCUGAGUCUGCCUUAUAAUUUAUAAUGAUAGGCAUUUCAACUCAGAGCACUGAUGCUUUCGUGCUUGUGCUUUCAUGUGCACUGUUAGCCUGUUUAUCAAAUUUUUAUAUAGCUUCCUAAUAUACCAAUGGAACUAAAUAGGCUUUUAUAGUAUGAUAACUUCCAGUCUUUUAUAUUUUGAUGGGAUCAGCUGUGCUUGCUUUCAAGCACUGUACAUAUUGAUGAAGGUUAAUAUAUUAGUUGAAAUUCAGUAACAGUAGUCUUUAAACUAUUUUGAUGGCAGACUUUUAACUUCUAUGUACUUAUAACUUAUUUUUUUUUAGCUUACUGGUCGGGUGUCUUUAUGUCUGGAUUUAAUGCUGCUUUACUCUUUGUGUUUAUUAUUAAA